AUACAUAGGUGCCUAGGUAGGGUGUCUGCCUUAGGUAUCUCGUCCCAGUUAUAGCCUCGUUCCCCAGAACAUCCACUCACCAUUCUUAUGCCAGCCCCAAUAAUGCUCCCUCGUCGAAGCCUUCGUUAAUUCAUCCAAUCUUGCUCGCCGGGGAUACCGUGUGGCCGGUGCAUCUCGAUCCCGUGGACGUAUCUCUUCUACCGUCUAAGCAAGGCGCGCUGGCUGAAGAAAUAUCGAGAUAGAUGAAGGAUGGGCAGCGCCGCCGUGCAGAUCUCGUCGAGAAAUCGAUGCUGCAACAAAGCUCGGGGACAUCUGCAUCAACGAAACAAAUCGUAACUGACCAUGCCUUCAACUUUCGACAACGCCCUGGACCCAUCUAAGAAGGGGAAAGUCAUCAAGUCCGCUUACGACAGCGAGACCUUUGACACCGACGUGACGAUCCACGUUGACGGGCUGGUCGGAUCAGCAACUAUAUCGCCAUGUGGUCGCGACAUCGCUCUUGCAUCACCUGAGGGCCUAGCCAUCAUCGAUCUGGAUUCGUAUAGCCCUCCCCGUCGGCUAAGCAGUCAUGGGAUGCCAUGGCUUGUUGUCGAUGUGCAGUGGUCGCCCUUUGCGGCACGAGACUACUGGGUGGCUUCGACAGCAAAUCACCGCUGCCUGGUCUGGAACUUGAAUCUGAGAGAAGAUUCCCCCACAGGCGCCAUUGAGCAUUCUCUCCAGGCCCAUAGCAGGGCGAUUACCGACAUCAACUUCUCCGCCCAUCACCCCGAUAUCCUAGCCACCUGUGCAGUCGAUGGUUACGUGCAUUGCUGGGACCUGCGGAAGCCCAGACAACCCGUCCUGACCUUCUGCAAUUGGUCCGCCGGGGCUACCCAGGUCAAGUACAAUCGGCAGAAUCCCAAUGUGCUCGCAUCCUCUCAUGACCGGUGGUUGCAGAUCUGGGACGAGAGGAAAUCUUCGGCGCCGAUCAAGUCCAUCACCGCGCACACGUCCAAGAUAUACGGCCUCGACUGGAACCGUACGAAAGCUACCAGCAUCGUCACGUGCUCGCUGGACAAAAGUAUCAAGUUCUGGGAUUAUGAGAAAUCCGACAAACCAGAGAGGAUUAUCCGAACAGAUUUCCCGGUUUGGCGUGCUCGCCACACUCCCUUUGGACGGGGCUUAUUAGCUAUGCCCCAAAACGAUCCGGGAAACCUAUACUUAUACGAUGUUCGCCGCGGAGAGAAUGAAGCCUUGGACGACGCCGUAGAGCCGCGCAAAAUAUUCCCCGGCCAUGGAAGCCACAAGGUUAAGGAAUUCUUAUGGAGGAGUCGCGGAACCGUUUCCGAUGAAGGGAGAGACAAUCGAGAAUUUCAACUCGUAUCGUGGGGCGAAGACAGCGAGUUUCGUCUUCACAAAGUGGACCCGCAAGUUCUCGAGUCCGUUGGCCACGUGAAAGGUGGCCCGGCCCUGAAUAUGAACUUUACGAGGAAAGGGGCAGCGUAUAAGACUUAUCGGGCUGUAGAAGAUCAUUCUCACCGAGAGAGGAAAUCGGCUACAAUGAGCGAUCCUCGCCCUGGUAGUGGCGGCAGCCAACUCCGACGAAGUGCUCUCACUAUAGUCAUGCAGGCAAUGUCGUCGCAUUAUCCUCGCUCCGGCAACGGGCCUCCGAGUUGGAAAGGCCCGUCGAUGAAGGCAAAGCCUGCGACGGGAAAGGCGACUGACCGAAGCCUGGACCAGCUCGGCUGGAUGAAAGGCAUAACUAUGAGCAAGAGAUCGGGAUUGAUCGGCCCGCCCCAGAGAAAGGGGUCCAGGGACUCUACUAUGUUCGGACAUAACUUUCACGACGAGCGUUGGGGCGAACCCGAGACGUUGCAGGAAGAGAUCAUUCGCGUGAAUCAGCAGUUGCCAAAUGUGAACUGGGAGAACGUAGAUCUAGAUACACUGACUCUCAGGGCAUCCCUCAAAGGCCCGUGGGGCGCCAACGGCGAUACCAUCUAUAUCAACGUCAACAUCGAUAUUCCUUCAAAUUAUCCGAAGUCGAGAGCGCCAAAGUUCAUCAUAGAAAAGACCGCAUUGAUGGCGGACGAGACGCACAAGCAGAUCAACCGGGAAAUCCACCAGCUAGUAAACCAAUUUACGAGGAAGCGGCAAAACUGUCUUGAGAUGGUCCUUAGCUACCUUCUCGGAGAGGUCGAUUUGUCAACUAGCGACUCGCUCUUCAAAAACGUGAAAGACCUGGACGAUGACCUUAGCGGACUUGCCGACGAAAGCUCAAGCGAGGAGGAGGAUAACGACCUCCCCACUGGUGUCUCAGCCAUCAUGUCCCAAGAGCUUACCGCAAGCACAGAGCUGGAUGCCACCCUUGCACCGACUAAUCGGCCAAUUAUACCACCAAUGCCCCGUUUGUGCGGCUGUCAGUUCUCGAACGAUGGGAGGCUGGUUUGCUUUUUUCCGACGAAGGAGGACAAGGCCAGGACUGCCUUCUUCUCUGGCAGUGACUCCUACCGAGAGCGUCCUAGAGGCGAGCCUAACUUUGCAGGGUUUGGCAGACUUCAGCAGGAAUCUGCGGCCCCGAGAAAUAGAUAUGCCAACGACGAUAUUUCAGCAGACGACCAGUCGGAUUCGGAGGGGGAAGAGGAGUCGUCCAGUUCGAGUGAUUCAGAAACCACAUACCUACAUAAAAUUAACAUGUGGUAUCUACCAGGCCGGCGCUUUAGAAAGACGUUUAGCGGCAGUUAUUCUAUACACUCCAGUGGCGGGGGGACUGGAAUCGGCACAGGUACGGGCACGGGUACUAGUAGACGCCGGCCAGGGAAGCCGAAGAAUAUUAUAUCCAUCUAUAACGUUACUGGAGAGCUGCCUUCCAAACGAGAAUUCGCCCAGGAAUAUUGCAUCUUCGGAGAUGGUCCGGAUGUCUGCGAACACAACGCAGCUAUCGCACAGAAAUACGACCGGCCAGAUCUGGUCGACGUUUGGAGGUACGCUGCCCUAUUACUCCGCGGAAACGUACCCCUCGAGCUCUUGGGAGACGGCCAGGGUAGAGAGUCCAUACUAGUGAUCGCCAGGGACGCGGUUACGCGCUUCUCCGAAGACAAGUCGUCGCCCUGCCCCCGCUCGGACUCUGCUAGGCUUACUGGACGGGUUAAAUGGGGUCAUCACCCUCUUGCAAAGGAUCUCAUUGAUCAUCUCUUCCAUCAUUUCGAAAACAUCGCCGAUGUACAGAUGCUUGCUAUGCUCUCGUGUAUAUUCAGCGAGUCGUCGGCCGAGGACAGCGUUGCCUACGCGGAAUCUCACCUCGCUCAACCAGAAACACCGCUCCCCAUGAAGGCACCGUCUUUCUCGUUGGAUUAUUUCCCCAUAGAUGCCUCGCUGUGGCAUAGUAACAAUUACAAGAGCCAAGCCAACUCCGGAAUUUCUACGCCCAAGACGCUGCACACCCCCGUUCACCUCCCUGGGUCUUACGGGUCUGAAGAGGCAACCUGGGGCGGUGAUCCAAAAUCCAACUCGUAUUCUUGCGGAGAGACACCUCCGACGACAACCCCGCGGGACCACCUUCCCGACGGUGACACGACUCAGAGCCUAGCAACCUCUCCUGAUAAUAGACUGCUGAGUCGUGCCAACAUCGCUCUAACCGCCGGGUUGGCGAGUUUCCCUAGGGCGUUCGCUAGCGUUGCGUCAACAUCCCCCCCUGCCCGGAAACGUCCUAGCCCCGGGGAGACGUUCCUCUCAAACCUCACUCCAAGUAACAUUACCUGGGGCGGCUCUACUAUUCUCGGCCCCACGCCCGAGCAGGCUGGUACUGCACGCACCUCAUACUCCGACGACGAAGCACAGAAUGAUGACGCAUUCCCCCUUGUAUGCCAUGGUAUAUCUACGGAGAUGGCAGAUCAAAGCAUAUUUGAUGAUGAUGGAUGGCUAGGCGUUCCUUUCCUCGAGCCUUCGCGCCAUGCCGUGUAUGCGGGCUAUCGACACGCGUACGCAGAAAUGCUGCAGAUGUGGGGCCAACCGCUGGCUCGCCUCGAGAUCAUGAAGUUCAACGUCCUGAAAGAAGAGCCGUCCGAUCCUCAUCCUACGCAUUUCGCGAGUCCAGGGGACACGAAUUUCCACGAACAGUAUCAUGGCGCGGAAAAUUUAAGCCACACGCCACACGCCCAUCACGGGGUCAACUCGCAAAUGAUGCUCGGGAAGAAGGAAAUAUUGCAAUCGUUGAUCGCGUCUGAUCGGGGCAUCGAUAUAAUGGGCAUUUGCCGUGUCCAUGAGACUCAUCUAGACCCGGUUUGGUCGACCCAUGCCAGCACCGCGUUAGGGGGUGCAGUCGGCACCUGCGACCGUUGCAAGCGCACGCAAACACAGCUCCUCUGCGUGUUCUGCAGAGAGCCAAUCGAUGCUCUCUACCCGCCCUGCCUGUCUUGUGGUUGCGCCAGCCACGAGGCUUGCGUUGCGGAAUGGCACGCAGCCGGUGAAACCGUAUGCCCAGCCGGCGAUGAGUGCGACUGCGUAGAAGAGGCAAGCAACGGCCAGGUCGAGACGUGGGCCGCCAUGAUGGGCGCCUUGCGCCAGGGCAAGAUCCGCAAGCCGUCGCUCGAGGACGAGGACGAGGCAUACGGCCGCGAUGAGUCUGACGCCGUCGAAACACACGACUGGGAGACAAUCGCCGGUGGUUCGCGGCUACCCCUCGCCGACGGACAGGGGAAAUCCUCGGGGACCUCGCAGUCCCAGUUCCAGAACCCAGUGUCAGCUGCUAGGGUCAGCCUCGGGAACAAGCUGAGGAAGUCGGCGGGCAACUGGGGAAGUACCACGUCGCUACGCAGAAAGCCCAGCGGCGCGGGACCGGCAGCCAAGCGUUGACGUGUACGCGCGCUCGAACUGUCUUGUUAUUAUAGUAUACGGUCCAUACAUGGCCAGCGCAGGGACCCCUUCUGUCACGACUGGGACCCCGGCUUUUCGGGGAUUUGGGAUACCCAGAACUCGGGAGAACCCGUCUAGGUGUGCUCGUGCCUAUGCUACCGAUGUGCAGGCAUUGGUUGGUUACCUUUGGAAGAAAUACUGAACAGUCACUUUUGCCUUGGAGACGUAUAUUUCCCGCAAUCUACUGGUUGUGACAUUUGCACGACUAGAGUGGUAUCUCUUCAGUGAAAAAGAGAGUGCUUGAUUGUAUACCCAUAGAACCCCUGGACGAACACGGAAACGAAACCGCCUCCCCGCCCUUCUCGUUUUCCUUUUGUCUUACUAACUGGCAGAAUCCGCCGUCCCUUUUCCUAGACCUUGGCCUGGGUGUUUUGUACAUCCACAUCCUUCUCCCUUUCCGCUUAGCGUUCCGCAGCUCGACACCACCCCGGUACCGAUAGUCCCCGUCCUCUCCCCCGGGGCUCAUCUCGGCUCGUCUUACCUCGACGCCGCCGCCGUCGCAGCUACCCGGCAUCAUCGCCGCCGCACCGACACAUCUGCACGCAGCGGCUGGUAGGGUCGGCGUGGCAGGCGACGGGGGC